AUGAACGGCUUCUCGUGGGGUGAUGACGGCGCCGGAGAGGAAGGGUCGGCAGACGAUGACGAUGACGAUGCGGGCCGGGAGAAUCGAAUGGAACAAGUGGCUGUGGGCAUGGGCUUGAGCCUGGGUAGCGUGUUCCAGAAGGCUGACGAAGAGGGAAAUAUGACGGGGUGCGACUGCUUUGAUAUAGCAGCGCGAUGGUUUGAGGACUGCUUCGUGUAA